UGGAGAUUCAAAAUUGGAGCUCCAGACAGAAGAAGCUCGCCGAGCAAGCCAAACCCGACCGUCGGGGCGAAAGCGAGACACGGCCCAACUCCCCCUUCGCCGGCGACCAACCGCUCUCUCCGCCGAUCCCCGUCCGUCCGGCCGCCCCUCCCCCCUCGUCCCCGACCUCCGCGAUGGCGGCGGCGCAGCAGAAGCCGGGCAAGCGGCUGGGCGGGAUGGCGGAGGCGCUCGCCAUCGCCGCCGACCUCGGGUUCCCGGCGGCUCCUGGAGAAGAGGAUCAGAGUAGCACAGACAAAAGCGAUGAUCUGGUGAGGGUUUUGAGGGAACUGACUGUUGUGCAGAGGAACAUUGCCAACUUGCAAGUGGAGCUACAAGGAAGAAAGGAUGAUAAAAACAUUGCUCAUUUGACUCAUGUUAGUGAGAUGGAAAAGAAGUGCGAAUCUUUGGCCAGAAUAACUGUUAUUUUGAAAGAUGUUAUUCAGAACAAGGAUCGCAUUAUUGCUCGGCUGCAACAACCUUAUUCCCUUGAUUGCAUACCUGUUGAAGCUGAAUACCAGAAACAAUUUUCGGAGCUACUUCUGAAAGCAGCAAGUGACUAUGGGGCAUUGACAGCAUCAGUCGGCGAUUUCCAGUGGAGCCAAAACUUUAGAGAGUCACCUGCUGUCUGGGGGGAAAUGCUGCGACCUAUACCUGCUGCGCUUGCUUCCUGCACCCGGUUCUUUGAGGCCAUGUCCGCGAUGAGGGAAUCCUUCUCGACUCUUCAGAAACUGCGCGUUGGCCAUUCCUCUCUAUCAAUGACCCCAAGUGGAUCUAGUGAUGAUUCAAAGUUCUUGACGCCACCUCAAUGGAGAGACGGCUCGGUGCUCGAUAGCUGGAAGCAGGUGGAUGACAUCAACCCGGAGAGCGACGGGCUCGACAGCAUGAACCAGAGGAGGUUGUCAUGGCCGUCCUCGAUCAAGAGGGACCCGUAGGUCCACGUCGAACUUAUGUUCCUGUGUUGUAUAAAUAGGAUACCAUCUAUCUAGUCUGUCCUUGAGUCCUUGUGCUCUCGUUCGAUCGCUUGUGUAUCCAUUUGGCGUGUUCAAGUUGAGAAAUGAUGUUAGAAAUGAUCUAUACGGAGUGUGUUUCUGGACUAAAAUUUGAUACUCUGGCAAAGUGUUAUGUUUGUAUACUGAUACUCGGAAAGGAUAUGUGUGCUAUGCGUAUAAAAGAUGCGUAUAAAGAA